AUGUCCGUACACGACUCUACCCAUUUCCCGCCAGGGACUCAUAUGCUGGAUGACCGUAUGUCACUUGCAAAGUCCACCCUCUCCCUCAUUUGUAAGGUAUCUGACUUUGAUACAGAAACUAGCAAUGGAAGCGACAAUCAACAAGUCGUUCUCAACCCUACACCCUCAGAUGACCCCGAUGACCCAUUGAACUGGACCACGCUGAGAAAAUCAGUGAACUUUGGUCUGACUUCUACAUACGUCCUGUUCACCUUCGUCCUGCUUGAAAUCAGCUCCCCCUUACAGCAGCCUGUUUACGUCAAAAUCCUCGGAUUCAGCAUGAAAAUCGUAGGCCAGGCGGGCGGUGCCUCAUACGCAGGCCUCGCUUUAGGAUGUAUUCUCUUCGUUCCCUGUGUGCAUAAAUUCGGUCGACGACCCGUUUAUCUUAUAAGCGCUCUUAUUCAAUUUAUCAGCGCCAUUUGGAAUGCGAAACUGUCGACCAGUGGCGAAUGGAUCUUCGUUGGAUUGCUCUCUGGUAUCGGAGGUUCAACCGCCGAGGCUAUUGUGUUGAUUACUAUUGUCGAUCUGUUCUUCGUCCACCAACACGCUCGUAUGAACGGCGCACUGGGCGGCCCCAUCGCCGGCGGUUUCAUUGUCAACUCUAUAAACUGGCGCUGGGUCUGGUGGAUUACCGCCAUCUGCCUGGGCGUUAAUCUGAUCCUGGUUAUCUUCGCCUUCGAGGAAUCCAAAUAUGUGCCGCGAUCACCUGUGGGGUAUUCGAAGAUUUCAAAGAAAUACGAGAGCUCGGAUGCCAAUGAAACCUCCUCGGCCGAUAUCAGCAGUGGGAAUUUAUCCUACGGCAGCAACGAGACUCACUAUGACCCGCAUCAAAUUAUGGAAUCCCAGACCUAUCCUCGCAAAUCGUAUUGGCAACGCAUGGCACCGUGGACGAAGACCGAUGGACCGGUUCUCCGCAGCUUUUACCAACCGUUUAUUGUUCCUUUCAUGUUCCCUGCUAUUUUAUUCACGGCCUUCCAGUACGGCAUGAUGCAGGCUUGGUUCGGUGCCACUACAGUGACUGCACAGGAAGCAUUGCCCAAUCCACCUUACAACUUCAAAACAUAUGAGCUUGGUUUGUUCAAUCUUGGAGGUUUCAUUGGUGUCAUAUUUGCCGCGCUCGUUACCAUUUUCCUGAGCGAUUGGCUUGUUAUCAAGCAGGCUCGCCGAAACGGGGGUAUCUUCGAGCCUGAGAUGCGUUUGUGGCUACUUUUCCCCGCCAUUAUCUGUGUUGCUGCCGGUUCCCUCGUUUACGGUAUUGGACUUUCCAAGACCUGGGCUUGGUACGUCCUUGCGAUUGGAAAUGCGAUUUUUGGCUUCGGAUUCAUGAUUACUUCCGAAGUUGCCCUGUCAUACUUGACCGACUGCUAUCCCCUGAUUCUCAAUGACGCCCUUAUCUCUGUGGUCUUUAUGCGCAACCUUCUCGCAGCGUGUGCUAGGUUCCCAGUUAGCUCUUGGAUCACCGGCAUGGGGAUUCAGAACAUGUUCAUUCUCAUCGUAGCCAUUACCCUUGCGACGCUUGCCUUCCCGGUUUUGUUCAUCCUUCAUGGAAAGCGGAUCAGAAUACAAACUGAACAAAAUUAUACAGAGCUUGCUGCAACUCAGCUAGCUCCGAGACCAGCUCCGCAGAAGUAUUAG